UGAUACAGCGUCGGCUCUUUAAAAUCAUAUUACUUGCUUCUCCUCCCACACCCACGACGUAGAACCCUAGUGUAAAUACUGCAGUUCGCCACACCACACUACAGAACCCAAAAGCAUUUACAUAGUACAUACUCAUCAAGACCACACCGAUAGCUCUCCACCUGCAGUCAAAGAUUACUCUAGAUUAAAGAAGUCCUAAGCUGCCAUUUCGCCCUCGAUUGCCUUCACCUCAUUGCAUUCAGAGUGCUGCAGCGGUUUGGACCCCUCCUCGGUUUCUCAGCAUCGCCUCUGCAGGGCUCAAGCGUGCGCGUGUGCGUGUGUGAUGCGGUUCAGUCCCAGACUGGGAUGCUGUGAUGUUGCUGUGCUGAUUAAUGUCGUGUCGCCUGCUGUGUUUGGCUCACACACAGAGCACCAUGUCGCUGUAUCCGUCUCAGAUUAAGGCGUUCAAGAGCAGCGAGCCCAAAACCCUUGGGGCAGUUGAGAUCAUCAUUGGCUUGCUGACGGUCACUCUGAGCACGAUUGUGUAUAAACUGCACUAUCACAUCCAGAGGGAGGUCAUCAUUCUCAUCCUGAAUGGUGCUCAACUCAUUAUCACUGGAAUUGUCUUGGUGCAUACUGGUAGGAGACCGACUAAAUGUCUGGUGGGUACAACCAUUGUCUUGCAGUUGCUAACCGCAGCAUUUGAUAUUGUCGGAUUUGGUCUCAUAGCCCGACAUGUACCCUUUCGUGGGGAAUCGUACUACUACAGAGACACUGAGUGGUGUUGUGACCCACGUCAUUCAUUGUGGGCUUGCUGUGGCGAAGGAGAUAAAAAGGGACAGAAGGAGUUCCUGGUGAAUGGCAUUUUGGGAACCUUGAUUGGCUCUUUGGUAUUGGUGUGUAUUAUCGGUUUGGUUGUGGCACUUUUCGGAGUGUAUGCCCUAUCUGUUAGUGCUAUUAAGGAGAUGACACCUAUUCCCAACUCCAAUGCAAAAUCACAGUACGGUUCUGGAGGACUGGCCAGGACUAAUGAAAGCUAUGAUGACUGCCAACUCUGUAAGUGCCACCACUUGUGACCAAAAUUAAUGGACACUAACAACAAAAAAGUAAGAGGUUGAAGCCUCACUCAAGGGCUCAACCGGUGUAAUCUCCUCUUGUGGAAGCAUGUUAUCAGUUCAUGGUACUGUUUGUGUCAGUGUAUCAUUGCCUUUACAACAGCAUGUCAGAUUUACAUUGUGCUUGUAUUCUUCAACUUCUUUAUAUGUACAGUAGGUAUUGAAAAUCAUAGACAGUUCCAUGCGUGUUUAUGGAUGAUUGAUGUUUAAAAUAAACAUGAUUUGCUAGACAAACA